AUGGGUCGUAUAACGGAAUUGAAACACAGUCGUGACGAAGAAGUGCGUGAAGCAGAGCUUCUUACAAGCACAAAAAGAAAAAUACGUCGCCCCAUAAAUCUGUUGAUACCACUCGAGAUUCAGGAAGCACGAAUCUCUGAUGACAACGAACCUACACAGGUUACGCCAUCUCCGGGUAAGACUGGCGAAAAUGAUGUGGUCAACUCAAGAGCGCACACGCGACCUUACAACUUGAGACAACGAACACCAAAGAAUACUGGCGAAAAUGAUGUGGUCAACUCAAGAGCGCACGCGCGACCUUACAACUUGAGACAACGAACACCAAAGAAUUACGCACAAGACGUCUAUACAGCAACAAUGGCAAGUACCGUCCAGGGCAUUAAACCGAAGUGGUUUCUCUUCCAUAUCAUGAUUCUUUCGCUUAUUCAAGUUUGCUCUUGUCGCACUACCCUUUGCGGAAGUGUCGGAUGCGCCAACAAGGAGUACUUCACCGUGCGGCAGCCCUACGUCGCAGAAGCGUCCGGAGUUUUUGAUAAGUGCGCAAACGAGAUAGGGAUCACGCAAAUCGCCCCUAGAUACUUUCACUCGGUUAUGUUCGAUAAAGCGCUCUCUUUCGAAAACGAGAAACCAUUUCAACGAUAUGUUGAACCAUUUCAACGAUAUGUUGCCUGUGAUGACUAUGCCUAUCCCCACAUAAUCGACGAAAACGCGCGUCAGUUCCAAAAAGAUCGGGGUUGUAACAUCACCCACCGUAUACUCAGCACGAGUUCUUUAUUAACCUCUGCUGAUUAUCUCAUCAGGUGGAAAUUGAGAGUGAACGAAGUUGGAAAUUUGAAAGAACAGCUGCGUCAAGCACAGAGAAGUCUUCAUCAGCUUAAAUGUGCCAUUCCAAUUCUGCCAGAUGCUGAUGUGUUGUAUGAAAAGAUUGUUAGAACGUGUACUGACCACUAUACUCAUACCCAGGCCGUUACUUCUCUCAAAGAGAAAUUCCGUAGACUUCGUCUUUCUGAUAAACCUUCUGAGCAACGUCUUUCGGAAAUAGGCUCUCUGAAUCUUGAAAUUGACUACCUUACUCUGCAGUUCCGCUUCUGUAGAUCUCAACUGUUCACUCUUUUCUCGGUUCCGCCUUUGCUAAUCGCCUUGGAAAAAAUGACGAUACAGAGUUGGGAAACUCUGAUGCGCCGACCACAGGAAACCAGCCCUAAUAAACCGCUAGUAAUGGACCUGAGUACUCUGGAGAACAUCACAUCCGACCAACUCCAGGCAUUGAAUUCUCUCCGUUUUUCGCUAAACGAUCUCCGCGCAGAGGCUCAAAACGAUGCGGACAAAGAGCAGUUGCCAUUCGAAGGAGAACUCCGGAAUGAACUCGAUUCGAUGCAGCAGUUCAACCUCGAUAUUCAAGACGCGGUCAGGAAUGCUUUGCACGGAAAAGCACCUGCACCAGUUCAAGACGCGGGGGAGGGAACCCCAAAGGUUCGUGGAGAAGAUGAGAUAAUAAGAGAAAAUGAAGAGUUCAUUGAAGGACUGAUAGAGUCGGAAUCUGAACACGACGAUCACGACGACCAGGUUUCAGCCGAUGAGGACAUGGGCUCCGACUCGGCCCACGACGACCUUUCUGAGGCGGAAGGUAGUGAGGAAGAGCCCGAAGAACCAGAACAGGAAGAGCCUGAGGAUCUGGACGAAGACCAGCGCGAGUUGGAGGAUGAGGACGACAUCCCUGAAGAUAUUCCAAGAAGGGAGAAUCUGAGACGCAGGGCAAUCCAGAUCGAAAACGAAAUCCGUAGCACGGAGCAGGCAAUCCGCAACUUUGAAGAGAUCUUACGGCAGUAUGAACAGGAGCCUCUCUGUCCGCCACGUCGCUUUGAUCACGGACGUAUUGUCAGAGGAAAUGAAAGAUAUAUGAAAUGCGCCUUCUGCGAGGCCUCAGGAAUACACUAUUCGGAUUCCUGCACGGCCUUCCGUGAUCCACUCGAAAGAAGAGAGCUGAUAAGGGAAGCACGCCGAUGCUGGACUUGUCUCGAAAGAAUGUGUGCCCGUGGAGCCACUUGCAAGAAGUCUUCAGAUUGCUUCGGCCAGUGCAAAAGUCUCACACUUCUGUUGGAACGUGUGUUCGCAGUACAAAAGGUUUACAACGAUCCAAAAGAUUCAGAUUUUAAAGGAGAUAAAGAACAAUGGAAUGAUUAUAAUUGUGAUGCAAAAAUGAUGUACUUUGUCUGUAAGAAGAAGUAUAUUCCAGAGUGU